UCGUUAUUAUUAAAGCGUGUCAUAAUUGUUAAUUAAAAAUAUGUCUCAUCGUCGCAAAGAAAUGUGGAAGUUGUUGUACAACUUGGUAAAUGGCAGUGAAACCAACCUGAUGGCCAUGUACAGUGUGGUCGACGAUAUUUUGUGCCAAGAGCCAAGUCUUAUAAGCUGCUCAUCAGUACGCGAGCUGAACAACAAAUUCCAGGAUACGAUUGUGUUGUGGUUGUUAAACAAACUCGCCAAAUGCCUAAGCAGAUGCACAAUAAAGGGUUGUGUAGCACUUUCCAGCCCACACAGCGCGCCAUCCUUUAAUUUGAAUGAGCCAAAUCACAACCAUUGCCUCAAGAACGUACAGCUGCAGCAGAAAAUACUGACAUCCUGCUGGGCGAAUCAUCCCAAAUUGUAUGAGGAACUGGUUCUUGCUUAUAUUGACGCACUCCAGCAGCUGAACGAACAACUGGGAAACAUGGACUACAGCGAAGCGAACAGAGAAGCCGCCUCCGUUCAUGUAUUUCAGCUAAACAUUUUUACACGCGAUAUCAGCUGCCUACAAGAGUUUGAUGCCAAAUGUGCCUUCCAAACCAUUGAGAUACCACUAGAUAAUGCAGAUGCAUAUGCAAAGCAUUUGUUAGCGAUGCUGAAGGAUGCUCAUUGCGUGGGAUACGCCACACACGGUGAAGUUUUUGUAGACAGCCUAACGCAGGCUCUGCUCACACUAAAGGAAUGUGAUAUGGACACAAAGCUGGCCUGUCUAAGGUACUGCCAUGCGGUGCUGCGGGUACGGACCAACAAUAUAUGGCCAACUACCUCUGCCAUCGGCCAUUAUGGGCUGUUAACAUUGCGCGCCCUCACAGCACUAUGGACUAUGGCGCCCAAAUGGCUGGCGGCUAAAUGUAUGGAAAAUACAGAAUUUCUCGAGUUGGCGACCCUGACGCAACAGAUUUUGCUCGUGUUGGAGGAACUGCCGCAUGGUCACGAAAAUUUGGAGCUCACAUGUGAGCUACUGCGGGAGAUUUUAAUGCAGAUUGCCUACCUUGACGACCGCCAGGCGGGUCUAUUGAGUGCACUUACCGGAUAUGUGCAAAAACAGCUGGAACUGUUGCAAUCACAUCACACGCUACCCUUGCCACUGCUGCAGAUGCUGCUGCAGGAAUGGCGCACACAGCCACAGUUGCUGUUGCCGGUGUUGACUGUCUUGGCCGUGAGGCACGACAAGCUUCGCCGCCUGCUACUCAAAGAAAUAGCUGCUAGCCUGGCCCAGCUGCUCGAUAUGUCCAAACACAACGCAUCCGAACUGCUUAAUUUGCUGGCCGUGCUCCAAGCACUAAAAAAUAUGGAACAGCAGCUACUGCUGCAAGAGCAACAACAACGGAUUAUGGGACACAAACUUGAGUCUACGCUGCUUGCUCAGCUUCCACAACACUACGAACUACCUUUCGAGGGAAACUGGAAUGGCCCCACCUUAAGUUUUUUGAAACAGCAGGCGGAAGAGAAAACCCCACAGUACUUGGAGAUUUGCUCUCUGUUACUACGCGUCACCUGCAUUCGUGCUACACUGAAGUCUCAGACUCAACAGCAACUCCUAUCGGAGUUGCAACAGACGCUACAAGAGCGCCAGGCGCCUCUCCAGCUUAGGCGCACUUGCAUACAGGCUUUGUGCACUGUAAGAUUGGACAUACCUUCUAGUGCGCACACUCAGCUGCAGGCAUUUUUUGCACAGCAGCACUGGGAGCUGCUGACCUCGCAGGACGAGCAAAUAAUGCGACUGUUUUACGAUCAGUUGCCACAGCUUUAUGCUUUCGGCUAUGUAAAGAGCGCUCAGUUGUUGAAGGUCCUGCCCCAGCUGCUAGGAAAUGCCCGAGCGCGGUCCAUUAUCCUGCGCAUUUUGCUAUGUACACAAUGUCCAAAAGCCACACAUGCCUUUAUCAAUGAGGAUCGCCUUAUAUUGCACUGUGCCAAAUGCCGCCCGCUGCCCAGCAAACUGCCAGGCGUAUAUCAACCCUGCUGCAAGUUAAUGAAACAGCCUGCUCUCAAAUUCUGCAAUAGUACACUAAACGCCAUCUGCCAGGACUUGCUGUUCACCUCAGGCAACAGUUUUAUUGCGCGGCACUUGGACUUGGUUGAAGUAACACCAGCGCUGUGCUUGCGUCUGUUAGAGAAGGCGCCAGACUUGAAUGCGCUAAACGAACACAAUUUAGAGCUUCUGAUUCCCGUGCUAUGUCAGCGCUCUACGGAUUUCAUAAAGCAGUUGGCUUCGCACAUGUUGCUGCGAAUUGGACAGAUUCUGAUGCAGCCGCUGGAGCAGCAGACCCAAUCGGAACAACGGCAUAUGUUGCGUUUGCUUGUCAGUUGCGCGCAAACAGACAUGGACGAAUUUUGGCUAUUCUAUUGGUUCAAAAUGACUUUCUAUUUUCUGGUACACCCCCAUUCGCUGGUUGCCCAGGAGGCAGUGCUCUCCGCCACUCAGAUAUGUGCCAAACGCGGACUUCAAACGGUGACCCUGUGGAACUGGUACAAGCGUGAUGCCCUUGGCCUGGUCGUCCUGUUGGCAAUGCAUGCUUAUCUUAGCCAGGGUGUGCGCUUCACGCGUUCGCUGAGAGCGCUCACCAAAAUGCUUGGCUUCUCAUGCGUGCAGGAGUUCACAUGCAAGUACCAUCGUUUGCUUACCACCAUGGUGCUGCCCUAUUGCAUCAAGGAGCCGCGCUGCAAGGGAGUGAUUGUGCUAAUUGCCAAGCAACUGCGCAAGCCUGUCUCUGCGCUCUUCGCUACUUCCUUCCUACGUCUAUAUACGCACGUAUAUCUCACCGAAAAACCUGCGCUGGGCAAUCGUUGUGUCGACCUCGUCGUCAGCUGUACAAGUUCCAGUCUGCAACAACUCAUGAAUGCGGACGUUAAGCAAACGGUCUCCGAACUACUUAUCUACUUCAAUCGUAAUCCGACAUUCGUAAUGCGCUCCUUUCAGUGUCUGCUACAAUUGGCAACCGCUGAGAAUCUGCCAAGCCAGGUGGCCAAUGCAGAGUUCGCGAAAUUUAUAGCCGAGCGUUUUCUAGGCGUUAUUACAUAUUUUGAAAGCUGUCUAUCGGAGCAAUCCUUUGAGAAGCCCUUGAAGGAGGAAACACUCUAUAGUUUGGGCCAGAUCAUGCGCUUCGUGGGAUCCCAGCAUGUGACGCAGUUUCGCUUUAAGAUAAUAGCAAUGCUGAGUUUUGUGCACACUUUAAAGGAGCCCAAUCUGCAACGAAUUUGCCUCAAAAUCUGGCAUAUUUUUCUGCACGUGGUCGAUUUGCAGGAGCUUGGGCCGUCUCUAGGUCACAUUGUUGCUUCGCUUCAGCCGCUGCUAGCCUACAGUGUGGAGCAGGUGAACAGUUUAUAUGAAUUUGUCAUUCUACGCAACGCUUCGAUGUUGGGCAGCUAUAUUACGGACCUGUACUUUUUGGAGCACCUCGAUGAGGUCUCGGCUCCCAUCCGCCAAUGCAUUUCGCGCCACACGGAGCAUCUUCAAUUGAACUCAAGCGCCCCCAUCACCCAGAAGGCAACGCUUCUGCAACAGCUCAAAUUUCUCCACAAACAAAUUACCAAUGAGUGCCUGCCCGUGCGCAUUUACGGCUUGGAACACUUGACCGAACUCUUUGCUCAGCAGCGCAUGCAACUCAAUAGCAUGCUGCUGCACGAGCUCCCCAUGGAGCCACUGCUGGAGCAGACAGUUAAUGUGCUCAUACACGGGUGCCAACACGAUGAUCGCAAACUGCAGCUAGCCUCGGCCAAGUGCCUGGGUGAGCUGGGUGCUAUUGAUGCCAGCUACCUGCCAUCCAACUACAGUUUCGAGUCCGCACAGCAGCUGCCAUUAAGUGUCCUCACAGAUGAUUUUGCGGUGCUGGCGCUAACCGCCUUAUGUCAAGGCUAUCAAUUUCAGCAGAAAACGAAGCAUGUGGACAGUUUCUCGCUGGCCAUACAAGAGACGCUGGCCGUGUGCGGCAUUUCACCCAAGGAGAAACGGAAGCUUGAUCUGUGGAACUCCAUGCCGAUGCGGAUGCGUCAGAUUAUGGAGCCAUUGUUGCAAUCCUGCUACACGAACUCACAGCGCCCAAGCAGUUGCCGGGAACAACCCAUAUUUGGCAGCCACCUCACGCAUAAUUCCUACGAGGAAUGGGCGUUUCUUUGGGCCGCGCGACUCGUGGAAUAUGUGCAGUCAUCAGAGACGCGUCAUUUGCUGGGCUCCUACAAGCCGUGCAUUAAGCGCGAUGGUAAAAUGCUGAGCACCUUCUAUCCCUACAUACUCGUCCAUGCUCUGCUCGAGUGCGAUCAAGAUCAACGUGAGCAUAUCGAGCAGGAAUUCCAGGCGGUGCUACGGGCAGCUAGCGAUGAGGUGCAUGCAGCCACUGCGAAAUCGUAUGAACAGUCGGCGAGCUCCACUGGAAGCUACAAGCUUUACGAGUCCAAAAAAUAUGCAGCUACCGAUAAGGUGAGUUGCACGGAACGUAGUGCCAAUGCGAACGAGGACAGCGGCCACGUGCCGCGAUUGGCCAGCAAAUUGUGCGCCGAACUACUGGAUUUUUUGCAACGCUGGCUUCGUGAAUGGCAGCGUCUGCAUGGCAUGAGUACCGCCGGCAAACCACCGCAAACAGUAGACUCCAACUACAGGCGAAUUCACGGGUUUCUGGAACGCACCGACAAACUGCUUGUGGCCCGGGCCAGCUACAAUUGUGGCGAGUACGCACGCGCGCUCAGCUAUCUAGAGGCAUACAUUGAGCAGGACCGUUCACCACGCCUGCUGGAUCAGUUCUCUUUUCUCGUAGAAAUUUACGGACGGUUAUUGGAUGCAGAUUCCGUAGAGGGUGCCGUACAGGCUCGCAGCUACGACCUGAGCAUUACCCAAGAGAUACAGGUGAAUAGAUUGGUGGAGCGCCAGCAGGAUAUGAUAAGCUGCUAUGAGCAGCUGCUUUGCGACACGGCACAGCUACAACCGGAGCACAUACGGGCCAUGAUCGAUGCUUACGUGCGCAUGGACACACCUAAGACUGCGUUACUCAUUGCCGAUGGUCUUUGGAAGCGUUGCUCGGAUCAAUACACGGAUCAGUAUUUCAGCGAGUGUAAAUCUGAGCUCUACUGGCGUCUGGGCAGCUACGACGAACUGGAUCAGAUGCAACAACAAAGCAGGAGUCGUGGAAACUGGCAUGGACAGUGUGCCCAAGCCUGUUUGGCUUUGCGUCAACCGGAGACAACUGCAACACAGUUUGGAACACUGUUGGAUGGCAUGAGGACUUCAGUACUGGAGCAAUUGCGGAGUUGCUCUGCCCAGCAGCAUCACUCAUACGCACACGCCUACGAGUCGGUAAUCAAACUUCAUAUGCUACACGAGUUGCAGCGCAGUCAGCAGCUUCUGGAGCGUCUCGACGAACCGCUGGACGCAGAACAGGCCGUACAGCUGACGCAAAACUAUUUUUCAGACUGGCAGGCCCGGCUAGAGGUACUGCAGCCUCAGGUGCGUGUGCUGGAGCCCAUCUACAGUUUUAGGCGCAAUCUGCUUUCGGAGAUGCAACGUCGUCUGGAUAAGCGGGCUGAACUCACCCUACCUCUGGAAGCUGAGCUGGCGCGUCUUCUGCUGAGCAGUGCGCAAAUAAAUCGCAAUGCCGGACAGCUACAGCGCGCACAGCUCUACAUAAUGAAGGCGUCUGAGUAUCGACCCAACAGUCUCUUUCUGGAGCGUGCUAAACUGCUGUGGAUGCGUGGCGAUCAGGUGCUUGCGAUGAAUCACCUGGAGGAGCAUUUGGCAGUACUAAAACAACAGUGCCAGGGCAAUGUUAGCCAGCUGGAGGACGAUCAGCGCACACUAUACUUCGAGGGGAAAUAUCUGCAGGCCAUAUAUAAUGCUGAGUCCAUGCAUUUGUGUGCGGAUGCAGUUCUGCAGUUCUUCCACGAUGCCCUCGCUGUGCAACGGCAGUCAGAACGCUGUCAUGUGCAGUUGGCGCAAUUUCUGGAGAAAAUGUUGGAGGCACGACAGCCGGCAGGAAAGAAAGCCGUCUCCGAGGACGAUGAGGGACGGCAGCUGCUGCUUCAAAUAAUGCUUAACUAUGCAAAAUCCUUACGCUAUGGCAGCGAGCAUGUAUAUCAGAGUAUGCCGCGUCUCAUUAGCCUUUGGCUGGACACGUCCAGCUGCGGUGCCGGCGCCGAGCUGCUACGUAAGAUGAACGAUCUGAUGAGCAACUGCUGCAAGAAUCUAAACACGACCAUGUUUUAUACGGCCUAUUCGCAGCUACUUAGUCGCCUGUGCCAUCCAUCCCCGGAAGUUUACAGCGUGCUGCGCGACAUAAUUAUUAAACUAAUCGAACGGUAUCCACAACAGUCGCUCUGGAUGUUGCUGCCACAUUUCAAGUCGGCCGUCACAAACCGUAUCAAGCGCUGCAAACUCAUACUGACCGACACACGCCUGCAGAAUGCACAGUUCCAGCGACUGUUGAGUGACUUUAAUACUCUUACGGAGCGACUGAUUGAGCUCACCAAUAAAGAGGUGGUACUGGAUCGCACAUAUCAGCUGAGUGAUUUGGACAGGCGGCUGUCACGGCUAUUCAAUCAGGCGCAGUUCUCCAACAUAUUGCUGCCUUUUGAAAAGUACAUGCAGCCCACGUUUUCCAUAAGUUCAGCGGCCGCUACGCCAGCAUCCAGUUCUGUGGCAAAUGGCGAAAAGGCGUCCAUUAAUUGGUUUCCCUACCAACAAAUAUUUAUAAGCGGUUUUGAGGAGAAAAUCGUGGUAUUGAGGUCAGCGGCUAAGCCAAAGAAACUGACCAUACGCUGCAGUGAUGGAAACCACUAUGAUGUGAUGGUUAAGCCCAAGGACGACUUGCGCAAGGAUGCACGCCUCAUGGAGUUCAAUGGUGUACUCAAGCGCUACUUGCAUCAGGACGCCCAGGCGCGUCAGAGACGCUUGCGCAUUCGCACCUAUGCCGUACUGCCUUUUAACGAAGAGUGCGGCCUUCUCGAAUGGCUGCCUAAGCUCUGUUCCUAUCGCAGCAUCUGCCACGGAUUCUACACGCAGCGUGGUCAGGGCAUGAGCGGACGUAUGCUUCAAAAGUUGACUGUGCCCGUCACGGAUUCAUUGGAGCGCAAACGUGAGAUCUUUUUACGUCAUCUUGUGCCGGCUCAUCCGCCUGUGUUUCAGGAUUGGCUGCACAUGCGCUUUAGAACGCCACAUAGUUGGUACGAGGCACGCAAUGCCUACAUACGUACCGUGGCUGUCAUGUCUAUGGUGGGCUACAUUCUCGGUCUGGGUGAUCGGCAUGGCGAAAACAUACUCUUCGACGAAAGCAGCGGGGAAGCUGUACACGUCGACUUCAACUGCCUGUUCAAUCAGGGCGAAUCAUUUGCCUACCCCGAGCUAGUCCCGUUUCGCUUAACACAGAACAUGAUUGUCGCCAUGGGGCCGCUAGGUAUAGAAGGUAGCUAUCGCAAGUGUUGUGAGAUUACGUUGCGACUGCUGAAGCAGGAGACAAAGACCUUGAUGUCAGUGCUGCGACCAUUGGUCUACGAUCUGGGCGUCCAAAGCAGAACUGUUGCCGCCUCAAGCAGAAGCGCCGCCGAACUAACCGACCCCAAGGCCACAAGCGAUGUCCGACGCAUUGCGGAAAGAUUGGAGGGUCAUGUUAAACGUCAUCAGGCAAACAGCAUACCACUCUCGAUCGAGGGUCAAGUGAAUUUCCUAAUUAACGAGGCAACCAAUUUAGAUAACUUGGCGGCCAUGUAUAUUGGAUGGGGCGCAUAUCUAUGAUUUACUUAAUUUUCCACCUUAUCAAUUAUACGUAUAGUAGGAUGUAAACAAGUAUAUAGUUAACUAUUUAAAAACCCCUCAAUGGUUGUAAAAUAGAAACUAAUAUAAGAAACUUUGUCAUUCAAUUUUAUGU